AUGACGCGCCUGGAAGGCGGGACCUGCAAAUGGCCGGCGGACAGCAGCUCCAAUCCGGGACAAUGUUGCUAUACCGGCGGCAAGGCGUAUUCACCACUCCAGCUGGCGGAACAGCAGCUGGCACUGCAGCCGGGCACAUUUCAGCGUGUCUCUCAGCAGUGCCAUAUGGCCAUGGACUGCGUGAUCACUUUGGCCCAGGAGCCACCUAGGGCCCAGUGCUGGCCCGUAGCGCUCAGUGGUAGAGACCUUGUUGUCAUUGAUUGCACAACCUUCAAAUGGAAGUCGCUGGCGUUACUCGUUCCAGCCGUCACCCACGCACAACACCAGUGGUCUGUACUUGAAGAUGGCGGAACAACGGUGUUAGUGCUGACAGUGACGCUGGAGCUGGCUCUGCAGUUUCGUACACUUGUUCAGAAGUUUAGCAAGGGAUUCAGGACUCGAACGAUGUAUCUCUUGUCUUGCAAACCGAAGAACCCGCAGCUAGAGGAAGGCGUUGAUAUUUGCGUCGUGACCGCAGACCACCUCAGAGCCUUCAUCGAGCAAAGGAAGGUCGAUCUAGGCCGCUGUAGGUCGCUCGCUAUAGAUGAGGCGGACCGCACGCUGGAGAUGGGCUUCGGCAUAAAUAUUCGGGCCGUCGUGGAAUAG